AUGUCGCUCUUUCGUCCGCUCACGCUUCUAAACAGCGCGGAGCUCACGACUGCUAUCAGGCUCUUCGCUCGACAAGACUGUAGUAACAAAUCGAAGUUGGCCUCAAAGCUCUUCUCGAGAAACAUCGCUGGGCCUGCACUUGGAUCUAGCGACGCAAACAGCUUCUAUGGACAGUUCUUAUACCAGCCAUCGCACCAAUCUGACGGGUCUCGAAAAUUCUCUUCUGGGAGGCGAGUAGCCCGAAUACCUGUCGACCAAAUUUCAUCUGCUACACGUGACGCAUCCAUUACAAUCCGACCAGCGACGGUAAUUGAUACGACGGCGGCAAUGGCAGAGCUGGUCGAUACGCUUGCCAUGUUAGCAUCUGUGGAGAAGGAGGGAAAUCCGUGGUUUCAUCUCAAAUAUAACGCCAUGGAGCCACACCGCCAAUUCUUUCUUAUCCAUCAACCCAAUGGAAGCAUGACCUAUCUCAUUGAUUUAAACGCGUUUGCCGAACCAGUAUUCUCGGUACCAGGAAUGAAAACCCCGUGGACGAUGAAGGGUCUUUUAGAAAGCAAUCGUAUCCACAAAGUCGUUUUUGAUUUACGCAUGAUCAGCUAUAUCCUGUAUAAGGAUUUCAGCAUCGUGUUAGAUGGUGUUCAAGACUUGCAGCUCAUGCAUAGAUUGGCACUGUCGAAGUCUAGAAAAGACCUCGUCAGCGGGUCGAAAUCUAUUAAAGGCUUUGUCCGUUGUGUUGAUGACCUGUACAGGAGUAGCCGUACACCACAGAAGUGGUCAAAACUGAAGUUAGCCCUCUCAAAACAGAAAAGACAGCAAUACAACUCCGAAAGGCUCACACUCAGCCGUUUCCGGCCCACUUCAUAUGAAAGAUUCAGUCGCAUGGAUGCUCAAUUGAUUCAGUACCAAGUUCCGUUAAAACAGUUGUGCGAAAAGAAGAUAUCUGCGAAGAACCUGGAAUUGCUAAAAAGUCAAACUUUGGAAAGGCUGCAAUUCUCCAGAUCUGUAGAAUACUCCAUGAUCUCAAAUCAUGAAAGAUUCAUGGCAGCUCCCCCAAACCAAGAACAAUAG